GGUAUGACUUCCUCUUGGAGGAACUCUUUCCUCCUUUUCUCUCUAUUAGUUUCUUCUUAUUGACUGUUUGGUGUUAUAGGCCUAUUUUAGAAAUCAUACUCAGGUGUUACUUUCGACUGGCUUUGGCCUUGUGACUCACAAACUCAGUGAAGGUCACACCCAAGAGAGUGACCUUACACUUUUUUAAAGUACACCUCCGAGUUCGAAGACGUCGAUCACCUCUCGAACUCAAUCAAAUACGCCACUAUUCAAUCAAACCUUAAGAAACUCAAUUCAAUUCAAUUCAAAAUUUUUCCGAACACUCGGAUUCGAUCUUUUUUUAUCUUUCUUUCCUGUUUUAGCCUGACACCUGAACUCAAAACCUGUUACCCCGCACUAUCAGAAUCCUGUCACCUUCCUGUAUCGCCUGAUAACCUGUCUAUGUCUGACAACCGCCUGGGAUCUCAUCGUACAACGCGUCAAAACCCCGGAGAACCUGUACCGCAAGUCGAUAACCCAGAACGAAUUAUCUUUCCAGCUCGUGGAACUCCUGCGCCGUUGACCUGCACUCCUCUUCGACCCGCUUCGGCUCCACCAAUCUUACCUUUAGUCGAGUCGAGGGGUUUGGCACCGCUGAUAGUUCGACAGUGGGAUUCCAUCGUUAACCCACCGAAUCCUCACGGCUAUCCUGUCAUCACGGCGAAUUGGCCAUUAUCGUCUGACUCCGUCUUUUUGGAUCAGUUAUCUGACAAUUCAAGUGCAAUCGACAGGCGAAUCAUUCUCCCGAACGCUGACCUUCGUCACCCCCGGCGUAGUAUCCCUGGUAACUUUGACCCGCACAUCUCUUUCAUCAGCUCAGGAGACGAGACCGUUCAGAAUAUGGCGAACCAGCAAUCUACCUCUCAGCCUCCUGACAUCGACGUGAGUGCUGAAUUCGCUCGGAUGAAGCUAGACAACGACGGUCUACGAUCAGACAAUGCAGGCCUCCGAAAAGAGAUCAGUGAAGUACGGGGGUUGCUACAAAACUUCUUACGGAAUCAACGACCUCCAGACGAAGACCGAGACCGUGAAGGCAACACUGCCUCUCAGGGCGAGACUUCUACUCAGCGACCAGCACCGCAGGUAGAGCGCGAGGUGACUCCUCAGAUGUUCACUUCAACACCGGCAGUAGGAAGACAAAAUCUUUUUCACGUACCACCUUCCUUGCCUUCGGUGGCCAAUACUCCAGUCUCUACUAUUCCAGUGGCUGCAGACCUCUCCAAGUUCCGCGCUACCGAUUGGCCUCAGUAUAAAGGCAAAUUCGGUGAUGUGGCCGCCUUUCGCAUGUGGCAAUACCAGAUGGAAACGACUUUUCGUGUUAAACAAAUCGAGCGCCCAGAAGAUCGUUUUCGUAUACUCCCGAUGGUUUUAGCUAACGACCCAGCCUCAUCUUGGUGUCGAAGAUCAGAGCGUAACUUUGAAGGUAAAUCGUGGGAAGCGGUGAUGACUGAAAUGCAGGGAGUGGUUCUACCGGUUGGAUGGGAUGAAGCGGCUAAAGAACGGUUACGUGAAUUAGCCAUGAAGGUGAACGAAUCGGUGACAGCCUAUUGCGGACGUGCCAGAACAAUUCAAGAGGAGAUUGGAAUUGAGGAGUGUGAUGAUGAGACCUUGGCCAAUGCGGUGGUAGGAGGUACGACAGGUACAUUUAAGGCGUGGGUGAAGAUGGAGCGAGUUGUGAAGAACAGUCGGGACCCAGUGACGAAAAGGUUCUCCUUCCCUAUCUUCGAGGAGCGACUCGGGGCGAUUUGGCUUCUCACUCAAUCAAUUGAUGCCCGGAACGGGGGACGAUCUCAAUCAACAGUACAUAACCUGACGACCUCUACGGGCGCUGCACCGAACGGGGUUGCAAUUCAAGACCUAGUGCUACCUUUUUCUCGGUCCCUAUGGAGUUCCCACGAGCACCACCAUACCCGCCCGCUAAAGGCACCAGCCCUUCAUCGACAACUAAGCCCUCGACUUCGACGGGCAUCUCAAGACCACCUCGUCGUGUGGAUGUGGCAACCGUGGAUGCGGGUAAGAGCUCGGUGGAUGUUGCUGCGACUGGUGUCUUUCCUGACCUGGGGCGAGCGGAUCUAG